CCUUUCCCGAUAAGACCGGUGGUUGCUCAAAUGGGGGAAAGCUUAGGGCAUUGAUUGAGAACAUACAUAUACAUACAAACACACCCUCUUUCUCUCUCUUCUUCCUUCAUUUUUCCUACUGUUCACUCAUUAUCCGGCAAUUUAUUUUAUUACUUCAAAUAAAAAAUAUUAAUUGUUUUUAAAAUUUAAUUCUCCCGACACAACAAAAACAUUCAAAUUUCAAACCCUACUAUUUCCCCUUUCUUUCUUCAUUUUCCUUAUUACAACUGAAUUAACUGAUUUCUCUUCACAUUAAUGCUUUAUUUAUUUGGGUUAGAAAGAGCAUUGCAGAAGUUGUAGAUCCAAGAACCUGAGAGCUAGUAAUUACGCAGAAAAAUAAAAAAGAGCUUGCUUUAAAGAGACAAGAGGCUGCUUACUGUAGCAGUGUUUCAGCAGCAGUACAUACUGAAUUCUGAAUUGUGAUUAAAGCAUUUUUUAUAUUUUCGUUUUAUUUUUUUCUUCUAUGUAUUUUUUUUUUCUUGUUGCAGAAAAAGCCACAAUAACUCUGAUACAUCGUCAUCAAUGCAUAAGAGAUAGGACAUACUAAUAACAGCCUCACCACCCUCAAAAAUCUAAAAAAAAAAAAAGAGAGAAAAAAACUGAAAUAUCUAUUUUCUUUUUUCUUUUUUUUUUUUUUUACUUUUAUAGCUCACACUUCUGACAGCUGGGAGGAAAAGAGGCAAGUAGGAAGGAGGAGCAAAAGAAAGACAAAAAAAGCUGAUAUUUAUUUGUGGUUAUUAUGAAAGUGGGAUGGUAUGGAGGUGGACGAGAUUCAGAGUUCACAACAAGCUUGCAAGUACUCUAGGGUUAAUUCUAAUGGUAGAAUUGAUACUUCUAAGAUAGGAGGGGGAGGUAGUGGUGGGCACGACAGUGCCGGCCGAGGAGAUGAAGUAGAGGAAACAGACCUCCGCCGGGCUAUCGUGCCCACCACCACUACCUCCACGAACCCCGCUGCUGUAACGGGAAACGGCAGCAGCGGAGGGGUAGGAGGGGAUAUGCAAGUGGGGAGUAGUAACAGGUUUGGGAGGCAGUGGCAACCUUCAUCUAGGAUAAUUAGGGUUUCGAGAGCGAGUGGAGGGAAAGACCGUCAUAGUAAGGUGUUGACGGCGAAAGGGCCAAGAGAUCGUCGUGUUAGACUGUCUGUUACUACGGCAAUCCAGUUCUAUGAUCUGCAAGACAGGUUGGGGUAUGACCAGCCAAGUAAAGCGGUUGAGUGGCUGAUUAAAGCGGCUGCAGAUGCUAUCAACGAGCUUCCGUCUUUGAAUACUAGCAGUUUUCCGCCGGAGACUCCGAGGCAGUUGAGUGAUGAGCGUAAGCCUACUCUUAAUGGUGUAGAUUCAGCAGAUGUGGAGUUAGAUGGUGACCCUGGUUAUGGUCAUAACCAGCAACAAAUGAGUACAAAAUCAGGGUGUUGUAGCAACAAUUCGGAAACAAGUAAAGGAUCUGGUCUGUCGCUUUGUCGGUCUGAGAACCGAGUUAAGGCAAGGGAAAGAGCGAGGGAGAGGAGGACGGCGAAGGAUAAGGAAAGAGAUGGUGAACCAUCAAGGGUUAGUGUUGCUUCCCAUCAACAUAACCAACACCAUCAGAAUGUAAGCUCAAUGCCUCAAACAUCGUCUUUCACUCAGUUACUGACGGCGGGUAUGAGCAAUCUGAAUGAGAGUAACAACGGAGCAGCAGCGAGCUCGAGCCCUUCGCCUCAUCACCGUGUAGAUUCAGAAGUAGAUUUGUUUCAUAAACACUCAAGAGGAGGCGGCAGUAACAACAAUCAGUGGUUAUCAUCAGCAGCUGCUGCAAGUACAACUCCUAUGGCAGAUUACUUUGGUACCGGACUCAUGGGCCUGUCCUCAUCUCGGGCAGGUCAGAUCCAAAUGGGAAACAAUACAUCAUCACUCCCCCAAGUGAUGACCAUUUCAUCCUUUGGGGGGUCGGAAAAUCAUCAGCAUCAGUCUCACCAUGAUCAACUUUACCAGCACCAGCACCAGCAUUUCCCCUUCAUGUCAGACCAACAACACCUAAUACAAGUCGCAAACGCAGCGGCCUCACCCGGAGCAAGUGGGGGAGGAAAUGACUAUAACUUAAAUUUCAGCAUUUCCUCUUCCUCUACUCCUACUCCCAGCUUAGCCGCUGGUUUCAAUAAUAGGGGGACCCUUCAGUCCAAUUCUCCGUCUCUGUUGUCUUACCUCCAAAGGUUUUCUACUACAGACGGAUCAAGCUUGCCCUUCUUCCUUAGCAAUGCAACAGUUUCUUCCGCGUCACCAACGAUUAUCGAAAACCACCACAACCACAACCACCACCACCAGUUUCAGCCACCAGGGUUGCAGCUCUAUUACAGUGACGGAAACCGGCUAUCAGACCAGAAGGGGAAAGGAAAGAACUGAAUUUUUUUCACAAAUCAUAUUCAGUUUUUUUGUGCAGGUAGACAUUGAUGGAGCAACGUAAAUAGAAGCCCCUGAGUCCCUCAAGAGAAUGCAGAUUACACCUGUUCAAGUUCUCUGCUUGUGAAUUCAAUGCUUCUGAUUUUGUUUGGAUUCUUAAUUUUAAAAUUUUCCCAAUUUGUAGUCAAUGUAAUUUGAUUCACAUUGAUGUAGUUGAAUUUGUUAAUUUAUGUGAAAGCAAAGUCGUGUGUUUUGAUCUACAACGUACAUUUUUUUUAAUCGCUAGUGGUAAUUAUGAUUCUUGGUUUUGUAUACUCGUGGAAUUACAGGACUAGUGUUAAAAAUAGUUAGCAAAGUUUUUCUUUACUGAUUGGCAGGAAGGCAGCAGACUCCCAACUAUCCUAACCAGGAAGGCAGCAAACUACUUUUCUUUCCUGAUUGGCAGCUUGUCGGCGGCCAUUCCAGCUCCUCUUGUCGCCGGCAACAACCCAUUCAAGAGCCUAUUUGCAGAAGCUUGCACUCCAAUUCAGCUCAACUGGUUUGUUAGGUAAGUUUAGUCUUUUCUCUUUAGUUUGUGCUAGUUUUUUUGAGUUAGGGGGUUUGUGUUGGUUUUUCUCAUUCAUUUUCACGUAUAUCUCUAAUUUUUAGUGGUUCAUUAUGAGAGCAUCUCUAAUAAGGUCAUCCCAACAUUUUUGGAGACCAUGUGCAAGUAUCCUGUAUUAAAUUUUGCCUUCUAUUUAAAUCUUCUCUUUGUGAAAGUAACGGUCUUUUUGUUUAAUUGUGAAGUAUC